CUGCAGAUGUCCUGUAGUAUGGCAGGUGAAGAGGACUUCUUUUUGGAAGAAAAAAGAUUCAAGCAGUACUGUGAAGAAUUUAUUAAACAUUCACAGCAGAUAGGAGAUGGCUGGGAGUGGAGAACUAGCAAGGACCUUGGUGAUGGUUAUCUUAGUAAAACACACUUCCAAGUGAGAAACAGAAACACCCUACCAGAUCUCAAGGAGAAAAACAAUGAUACCAAUGAAAAAACAUUAUUUACACAUGUUGAAGAGUCUUUGGAUGAUUCUCAAGCAGCUGGAGUUUGUGCAACAGAAGAAGUGAUCCGCUAUGAAUAUCAUGUCUUGUACUCCAUCAGUUACCAAGUGCCUGUGCUUUAUUUUAGAGCGUGCUUUUUAGAUGGAAGACCUUUAACUCUGGAUGAAAUAUGGAAAAGUGUUCAUGCAUGCUACCAGCCUCGUCUGCUGGAAGGGCCCUGGGACACUAUUACACAGCAGGAGCACCCCUUACUUGGGCAGCCAUUUUUUGUUCUGCACCCCUGCCGGACUAAUGAAUUCAUGUCUUCUAUACUGACUGGUUCACAGAAACCUAACAGAAACACAAAUUACGUUAUAUUGUGGCUCAGUAUUGUAGGCCCAGUUGUGGGUCUAAAUCUGCCCCUGAGUUAUGCAAAACUAGUGCCUGAGCAGAGUGCAAGUGAUGAUUCAGUUGAAAGUACUGACUUGGUGAUGAGGUUUGACUUGGCUCAUCCUUGUUUGAUUUCCUUUGACAGUGUUGGUAACACAAGUUAUUACUGGGCACUGACAGAAUCCACAGUCACAUUUGCUAGAGGAAUCCUGGUGCCCAAGUGUUGA